UUACAUCUGGGUCGAAGAGGAAAAGAGGGGAACAGACAACGAAAGCCCAACUUAUUCCUCGUAAAAACAGACGACAACGGUCUAAGGUAUGUUGUUCAUAGCCUGUUUGUGUUAUUUCUAAGUUGCACUCGUAAUUAGGCAUCUGGAAAACAAUAUUAUAACAACGCAUUCACUCUCUAGGAUACGCCACUCUCGCAUAUAACGAGGCCACAAAGAAUCAUCUGGACCCAAGGGAGAGGGGAUUCAUGCUCGAGCAGCCAGGGAACCCACUAUGCCCGGUGGCAUCACCCGGAGAAAUAUCUAUCGAAAUGCCCAGAGAAAAGCCCUUGCAUUUUAUCUCCACCCAAGGAGAGGCGA